GCGCCUGACCAACACCGUCCUGGAGAGAAUGAAAGACUGGCUGGAGCACUAUAUCAGUAAGCAACACGCAGACCCUAUCAGUGGUGACGGUGGAGAUGAGAACGGCGCUCCACUUGAUGGCGGUAGUGACAUCAAGCGUAGGGGUCGGAACAGAAGGGUAUGCACGGAGGUCAACUGCAUCAACAGCAACAAGCAGAACCAACUUCAGAUGAGCCUAUGGAUGAGCAGACAAGUACUACGAUUGACAAAGUGCCAGUUUGGUCAGCCGAGACUGUUUCCAGUUGCAACGUACGGGAAUUGGCAGUGCUCCCCAAUAGCAUUGGCUACAAAGAGGCAUGUGUAGCUCAAUCUGGUUUGCUUGGUCUGUCCAAUCAAACAGAAAUAAGCUCUCGACACUCCGAGCCUCUACCACGUGGUAGCCCAGAUGAUGCUGGUGUGGACGCGCUUAAAUCGAUCUGUCUGGCCUCAGCCGAUGUCCAGGUUGAAGAUGUAGCUCUUGAUGAGAGCCCUGAAUAUCGAUAUGUGUCGGAGGCUGAUACGGAGCAGAUCCCCAUUCGCCGUGAAGGUACAGUGCUUUUCAUGGAAGGAGGAAAAAUUGAGUUUCUUGCCGGGACAGUGAGUGAGACCAUGCACAUAUCGCCACCCGUCCACAUGAUGUUCGGAGACACGCUACCGAGCGAACAUGGUGAUGGCGUUAGGCUACACAGUCUGAUGGCGUUUGGAUCACACGAAGCUAAAUUUCGAAGACCAGUGCAGGUGGAAAUUGACGUGCCUCGCAUCGCUGAGACUGACCAGGUAGGUUAAUGGUAGCUUGCA